GACCACCGUACGGAAAGAGCCGAGUGCGGCUGGGGAGGCUAGAGCGGCCGGAAGUGGGUCGAGCGGGGCCGGAAGGAGCCGAGCCCUCCCAAAGAGAGCAGCUUGCAGCAGGGCGUUGGGCCUGUGGAGUCCUCGUUAUGGCGGCGGAGGCUUCCGCUGCGUGCGAAGGCGGGGCUGUCAGCGGCCACCCGGCCGGGUGCCCGGACGCGGCCGCCAGCCGGCGGCGAGCCUCGUCGCUGUCUCGUGACGCCGAGCGCCGAGCCUAUCGCUGGUGCCGGGAGUACCUGGGCGGGGCCUGGCGCCGAGUGCAGCCCGACGAGCUGCGGGUCUGCCCCGUGAGCGGAGGACUCAGCAACCUGCUCUUCCGCUGUUCGCUGCCGGACCACCUGCCGAGCGUCGGCGAGGAGCCGCGGGAGGUGCUGCUGCGGUUGUACGGGGCCAUCCUGCAGGACGUGGAUUCCUUGGUCCUAGAAAGCGUAAUGUUCGCCAUCCUUGCAGAGCGGUCGCUGGGGCCGCAGCUCUAUGGAGUCUUCCCAGAGGGCCGCCUGGAACAGUAUCUCCCAAGCCGGCCAUUGAAAACCCAUGAACUUCGAGAGCCGCUGUUGUCAGCAGCCAUUGCCAUGAAGAUGGCCCAAUUCCAUGGUAUGGAGAUGCCUUUCACCAAGGAACCUCAUUGGUUGUUUGGGACUAUGGAACGGUACUUAAAGCAGAUCCAAGACCUACCUUCCACUGACCUCCCUCAUAUGAAUCUACUGGAAAUGUACAGCCUGAAGGAUGAGAUGGGCAACCUCAGGAAGUUGCUAGAUUCUACCCCAUCACCAGUGGUCUUCUGUCACAAUGACAUCCAGGAAGGAAACAUCUUAUUGCUCUCAGAGCCAAAAAAUGUUGAUAGCCUCAUGCUGGUUGAUUUUGAGUACAGCAGUUAUAACUACAGGGGCUUUGACAUUGGGAACCAUUUUUGUGAGUGGGUUUAUGAUUAUACUCAUGAAGAAUGGCCUUUCUACAAAGCACAGCUCACAGACUACCCAACUCGAGAACAGCAGCUUCAUUUUAUUCGCCAUUACCUGUCUGAGGUAAUGAAAGGUGAGACUCUUUCUCCAGUGGAGCAGAAAAAACUAGAAGAAGAUUUGCUGAUAGAGGUCAACCGGUAUGCUUUGGCUUCUCAUUUCUUCUGGGGUCUGUGGUCCAUCCUCCAGGCAUCCAUGUCCACUAUAGAAUUUGGAUACUUGGAGUACGCCCAGUCUCGGUUCCAGUUCUACUUCCAGCAGAAAGGGCAGCUGACCAGCUUCCACUCAUCGUCCUGACCAUCCAACUUCAUUCCUCAACUUUCUUCUUGGAGCCUCCAGGGCAGGACCUUGGAGGGAAAGACAAAGGGCAGGAGUCCCUGGGGACUGGACUUGUGUCCUCAAAUGAGACUGAUUGAGAAGGCUGACCUCUCCCCCAGAUUGUAUAGUUGCCCAAAGUGGGCGCCUUUGGACUGUGUACCUUAAUAAAUGAGCUGUUCCUUCA